UGGCACAUAGUAAGUGCUUAACAAUUACCAUAAUUAUUAUUAAGCCACCUUCAAUACAGGGGCUAAGCCAUGGGCCCCUCGUCUUCCUCUAUGGAGUGGGCUCCCCUGUCUGCAAUCAUUUUUUUCUUACAAAAAGGGUCCUAGAAUUUUUCAUCUGCUGGACCAGGCCUGGCUGUGAGGUUGAGGUGAGCCCAAGAUGCGUCGAUAACAUUCGGUUCUGGAGAUGUAAAUGGGGGAGCUCUGGCUGCCUGGAGGAGCGUCGCUUCUCAGCCCUUAAAAAAAUCUCUUCCUCCUCUUACCCUUUCCCUGGUUUAAGAGGAUGUCAUCCUGUCAUGGCUGCUGUUGUCCAACCUCGCCCCCUUGCCCCAAAUAAUAUUUUUCCAGGGCAUUUUCACCACGUACUGGGCAAUGACCACUGGUUUUCUUCUUCUCUGCUAAUAGUGCUAACCUACAUUUACAGAAUCCUCCUGUACCUCUCCAUCUCUCGACAGUCUUGACCAGUCAGAUAAAUGUUCAAGACCCGUGAUAGUUCAGUAAAAAAGUCUCUCAGAAGAGGAAGGAAGAUGACGUUUUCUCAGCCACUGAACAAGGUGUCAGACUCUCCAAUGAUGUCAGACUCUCCAAUGACCUUUGGACUAAUGGCGAAUCUCCAGUCACUGACCCUGAAAGAUUCCAAUGAACAUUUUCUAAACGGAAUUUCAUUCGGGACUCCAUUUCCCAUGAUCAGUAACCAGAAGGAGCAGAAGAUGAAGGAGACAGAGACGUCCCUCUUGUACGACCAAUACGAGGAGAAGGUUCGCCCCUGCAUCGAUCUCAUCGAUUCUCUGCGAGCCCUGGGGGUGGAGAAGGACAUGGCGCUGCCCGCCAUCGCCGUGAUCGGAGACCAGAGUUCUGGGAAAAGCUCUGUCCUGGAAGCGCUCUCUGGAGUCUCUCUCCCCAGGGGCAGUGGUAUCGUUACUCGGUGUCCACUGGUCCUGAAAUUGAAGAAGCUGAAGCUGCAGCAGCCAUGGAGAGGGAAAAUUACUUACCGGGCACAGGAAAUUGAACUGCAAAGUUCCUUGGAGGUAGAAAAAGAAAUAAACAAAGCUCAGGACGUUAUUGCUGGAAAAGGAGUGGGCAUUAGCUAUGAGCUAAUUUCACUAGAGAUCAGCUCCCCUAAUGUCCCAGAUCUGACAAUGAUUGACCUUCCGGGGAUCGCCAGAGUGGCUGUGGGUAAUCAGCCCCUAGACAUCGGCAAGAAGAUCAAAUCGCUAAUCAGGGAGUAUAUCCAGAAGCAGGAGACCAUCAUUUUGGUGGUAGUGCCAAGUAACGUGGAUAUAGUGACCACAGAGGCGCUACGCAUGGCACGGGAAGUGGACCCCAGUGGAGAGAGAACUCUGGGAAUCCUGACGAAGCCAGAUCUGGUUGACAGAGGCACUGAGGAGAACAUCGUGAAUCUGAUUCGAAACCUCACCGUCCACCUGAGGAAGGGCUACAUGAUCGUGAAAUGUCGGGGGCAGAAAGACCUUCAAGAGAAACUGAGUCUGACUGCUGCAAUUAAAAAAGAGAAACUUUUCUUCGAAGAGCAUCAACAUUUUAGAGUCCUCCUGGAAGAAAAGAAGGCCACAAUUCCCCUCCUGGCUGAGAGAUUGACUGCCGAACUCAUCGAACACAUUAACAAAUGUUUGCCCAUGUUAAUGAUGCAAAUAAAGGACAGUCACCAAAAAGCCAUUGAAGAACUACGCAAAUGCCACACCAGUAUUCCAGAAGGAGAAGGCGAGAGGAUGUUUUUCCUGGUGGAUAAAAUUAAACUGUUUAAUCAGGACAUCUCCGCCUCGAUACUAGGAGAAGAAACUGUGUAUAAUAAUGAGAAACGGCUAUUUACAAAACUCCGAGUAGAAUUUAGAAACUGGGGACAAAAGCUGAAAACCAGUUCUGAUACCGUCCAAAAGUUCACAAAUGAAGAAGUCUUGAAAUAUGAAAAUCAGUAUCGUGGCCGAGAGCUCCCAGGGUUUAUCAACUACAGUAUGUUUGAGACCAUUGUAAAGCAGUACAUCCAGGAGCUGGAAGAUCCAGCGAUUGAUUUGCUUCAGGUAGUGGCUGAAAUUGUCCAGGAGACUUUUACAACUGUCGCCCAGAGAAAUUUUGAGGAUUUUUUCAAUCUUCACAGAACUGUUAAGAGCAAGAUUGAAGACCUGAAGCAAGAACAAGAGGAAGAAGCAGAGAGAAUGAUCCGACUGCAUUUCAAAAUGGAAAAGAUCAUUUACUGCCAAGAUCAAGAGUACAUCCGCAUUUUGCAACAGAUCAAGGGAGACCCCUCUAAAGAUAAUGGACCCUUCGUACUCACCCAGAAAAAUAACUUCUUUUUCCAUUCGGCCUUAAACACUCCUGAUUCCGCACUGGGUCAACACCUAAACGCCUACUUCAAGGAGGCCAGCAACCGCCUCUCUAACUACAUCCCAAUGAUGGUUCAGUUCUUUGUUCUCCGGAGCUUUGGCGAUCGCUUGCAGGAAGAGAUGAUGAUCCUGAUACAAGACAAGGAGAAGUUGGAUUGGCUGCUUAAGGAGCAGAACGACACGGUCACCAAGAGGCAGUUCCUGAAGGAGCGGAUCAGGCGGCUGACUCUCGCUCGUCGCCAUCUGUCUAAAUUCCCAGGCUAAAGGGGUUAUUAUGAUGGGCAGUAGCUCUGGCCUGUGAUUCUUUCAUCUGCUGCUCUUCGUGGAUGUUGAGAAGUCGUAAAGGUAGCGUUUUCCUCUCACAGUUGGCCGACUCCAUUUUCCGGGCUCUACACUCUAAACUAGUUUGUAGCUAAUGGACAGCCUGGAGUCCUGGGCCAGCCAGAUUGGGUAUCCGAACUGAAAUUUCACUGUUUGCCCCCACUGAGACCUUGGUUCUCCUCCCCUCAGCCUCCAAGGCUAAGGCUAGUCCAUCUGGGCCCUUCCUACAAAUAGACUAUGCGCCUGUCACUGGGCAGGGAUUGUCUCUGUUGCCGAAUUGUACAAUCCAAGCGCUUAGUCCAGUGUUCCGCACAUAGUAAGCGCUCAAUAAAUACUAUGGAAUGAAUGAAGGAGCACUCCAGAGCAUCUCCAAAUCCGCCACCUUGGGGACUCACCUUCUCACAAAGCCCUCUCGAUGGGACUUGUGUGCAUAAUGAGAGUAUUUGUUAAGCCCUUAGUAUGUGCCAAGCACUGUCCUAAGCGCUAGGGAAGUAUAAGAUAAUCAGAUAAUUAUAAUAUUAACAAUAAGUAUAAAAUAAUCGAGCCCCGGUCCCUUUGGGGUUCACGGUCUGAGGGAGGGAGAGCAGAUGUUUUAUCCCCACUUUAUAGAGGAGAAAAUUGAGGCACAGAGAAGUUCAAUGAUUUGUUCAAAGUUCCUAAAGCAAGCAUUGCUAGAGCUGGGACUAAAAUCUGGGUGCCCUGAUUCCCAGUUCCUUGCUGUUUCCGCUAGGCACGGGUACCUCAGGCCCUCGGAGGGGAGGGAGAGAAAACAGGAAUGUGGGGAGCAUGUCUCUUCCACUAGCUCCAUUAUUGCCAACCCAGUGCCACUGUUAACUGUUACCCUCCAUUAGAUCCCAACUGUGUCCCUGCCAUACCCAGUGUCCACCCCUCUGCUUCCCUCAUCCAUCCCCCACCUUGUCACCCCCCUUCUUGUCCUCCUUUCCCGUCACCCCCUUUUCCUGCAGAUCUCUCGUUUCACCCCCAGUUGUCCAAUUGCUUUGUCAAAUUAUAAAAUUCAUGUACUCGA